UCAACUCCAGGUGGUAAUAACAAUACUAGUAAUGGUACAACUGAUCCAACAAAUCCAACCAGUAACAACACUAAUCCAUCUUCCAACAAUACCGAUCCAUCAACUCCAGGUGGUAAUAACAGUACUGGCAAUAAUACAGAUCCAUCAACUCCAGGUGGUAAUAACAAUACUAGUAAUGGUACAGCUGAUCCAACAAAUCCAACCAGUAACAACACUAAUCCAUCAACUCCAGGUGGUAACAAUAGCACUAACAAUGGUACAACUGAUCCAACAAAUCCAACAAGUAACAACACUAAUCCAUCUUCCAAUAAUACUAAUCCAUCAACUCCAGGUGGUAAUAACAGUGGCAACAAUAGCACUAGCAAUGGUACAGUUACUGAUAAGUGUACUGAUAUCAAUUGUGUACACGGUUCAUGCAUUGAUGGUGCCUGUCAAUGUGAAACUGGUUAUACAGGUUCUCUCUGUGAUCAAGCUAUUACAUCUAACAAUACUGAUAAGUGUGCUGAUAUCAAUUGUGUCCACGGUUCAUGCAGUGAAGGUGUCUGUCAAUGUGAAACUGGUUAUACAGGUUCUCUCUGUGAUCAAGCUGUUACAUCUAACAAUACUGAUAAGUGUGCUGAUAUCAAUUGUGUCCACGGUUCAUGCAUUGAUGGUGUCUGUCAAUGUGAAACUGGUUAUACUGGUUCUCUCUGUGAUCAAGCUGUUACAUCUAACAAUACUGAUAAGUGUGCUGAUAUUAAUUGUGUACACGGUUCAUGCAUUGAUGGUGUCUGUCAAUGUGAAACUGGUUAUACUGGUACUCUCUGUGAUCAAGCUGUUGAUCCAUGUACCAACAUUAAGUGUGGCAGCCAUGGUUCCUGCUCAAAGGGUGUCUGUGUUUGUACUGACGGAUACACUGGUUCGAACUGUGAAACUGCUCCAAUUACUUGUAAUGGUAAGAGUGAAGCUGAAGGUGGCUGUUCAUUCCAUGGUACAUGUAGCGCCACUGAUAAGUGUAUUUGUAAUGGUAACUUUGACUCUGCCUCUUUCUGUUCAAAGUGUAAGACUGGUUAUACAGGUUCUGACUGUUCUAUUCCAGUUUGUUUCAAUGUUCCUUCUACUUCUAGCAGUGUUUGUUCUGGAAAGGGGUCUUGCACAGCUCCUGAUUCUUGUGUAUGUGCUUCUGGUUACUCUGGAAAGACGUGUUCUUCCUUCUCUUGUUGGGGUAUUGAUAAGUCCAACAGCACUGUAUGUGGUGGUAGCUCUAAGGGUACUUGUGUUGGUCCAAAUAAGUGUUCUUGUGUUUCCAACUGGAACAAUCUUGAAAAUACCUGUGUAUCCUGCAGUCCUGCAUACACUGGUGAGACUUGUACUCAAGCUACUUGUUCUGCCAAUACAACUUGUAGUUCCCAUGGUUCAUGCGAUGAAAAAUUCAAGUGUGUCUGUUCUGGAAACUGGGAUGGUGAAUUCUGUAAUGUUUGUAAGGCUGGUUUUGUAGGUGAUAACUGUGAUAUUGCUUGUUCUGCCUCUACUUGUAAUGGUAAUGGUGUUUGUACCAAGACUGGAGCUUGUUUAUGUGUUGGUCACUAUGAUUCUGCCCAAAAGUGUGCUGCUGGUAAAUGUGCUGAUGGUUUCCAAGGUAGCGCUUGUGACUAUAAGGUAGACAGUUCCUCUUUCGCUUUUAACCAAUUUGGUGAUAGAAUUAUUGCCACUGUUUACACUAGUAUGAAGAAAUCUGUUAACUGUUCUCAAGUUUUCACAUCAGUUGCUACCCUUGGUGCCGGUGUUCAAUGUAACAUGGACGGUGUCAGUAAGCUCGAAGUUGUUUUGGGGGCUGGUGCUACUGUAAAGCUUGGUGAUUCAUUGCAAGUUUAUACACUCCUUGGUGAUGUUUCUAAUACUGUUUCCGUAACUGUUAAGGUUGGUAGCUUUGUUGCUGUCGCACCAACUGCUUAUUUGACAACCGAUAAGGCUGUUGUUUCCACUUGUGAUACUGUCACUUUGAAUGCAUUUGACUCUGUUUCUACUGAUCGUCGUCCAUUGAACUUUGCUUGGACUUGCACUGCUGCUCCAACUGCUGAUGCCCAGACUACAUUGAAUAAUGCUCUCAAGGUUACCUCAAGUGGUGUUAGACUUAACUUGGUUUCUCUUGGUCUUGUUGCUGGUACUUACACUGUUCAAGUCACUGUUACUUCAUCAUUCAGUGCCUCAUCAUCAUCAAAGAGUGUCUCAUUCACUGUAACUGCUAGUCCUGCCCCAGGUCUUUCUAUUAAGGAAGGUUCAGUUGUUGAAUAUUUGAUUGGUACUACUAGCAUUAUCACUCCAGUAAUUUCCUUCCCAACAUGUUACACGGGUAAUGGUUCUGUUGCUUAUUCAUUCGCUUAUAUCAACUCUAUUGCCACUCCAACCAUUGUAACUAAGGAUAACAUGGUUGUUAUUGCAAAGACUAGUACUGCCAUCUCUACUGUCGGUGACUAUUACAUUGUUGUUACUGCUGCUGCUAAUGGAGCUUCUGAAGUUUCCACUACUGUUAGAAUUAAGGCUGUUGCAAAGCCAUUAACUGUUACAUUCAGUGUUCCAGAUAUGACCCAAUCUAAGGAUGAUGCUGUUGACUUCACUGUCAAUAUUGUUGAUCCAAGCGAUACUACUGGUACUUUGGCCAUUACAAGCACUUGUGUUGAUGCUGAUGGUAACACAUGUGUGGCCCCAGCUGCUACUGAAUCUGCCUCAUUCUCAAAGUCCUUACCUGCUGGUAAAUAUACAUUCACUACAACAGGUACAAAGGAUAUCAGAACUACAACUGCCAAGUUGACUAUCACUGUUGUUGAUACUGCAAAAGAUAAGAUUAUUAGAGUUUCCAUCACAUCCAAUACUGAUUUGUCCACUGUUGAUCCAACCAAGGACUUGUACUUGACUUAUAACACUUUGGAUGCCUUGUCUACAUCCGCCAAAUUUACCUGGACAUGUGACUCUGGUGACAGCAGUACUUCCUCUCUUUUGACAGUUUCAAAGGCUAACAUGGUUCCUGGUGCUACCUACACUGCUUCGUUGAAUAUUGUAGAUGGUGUCAAGUCUGGUUCUGCUAUUGUUUCAUUCACUGUUAAUGCUCCACCAACAAAGGGUAUCUUUGAAGCUUAUCCACUUUCUGGUGCUGCUUUGAGCGAUUCUUUCGAUCUCAAGUGUGGUAAUGGUUGGUCUGAUCCACAAUCUCCAUUGAAAUUCCAAUUCUUAUACUUGGAUGCUGCAUCUAACAAUUGGGUUUCACUCACCGAAAAGACUGAACAACAAAGCACAAAGGUUCAACUUCCUUCACCAUCUUCUGGUGACUCUUUGAAGGUUAAGGCUAUUGUUUUUGAUGCAUUGGGUGCUUCAACUGAAUCCGAGCAACUUUCUAUCUCAAUUACCAAGCCAAGUACUGCUGAUGCCACUAAAGCUUUGAGUGGUUUGGCAGAAUCAAAGGGCACUAUAACCUUGUCAGCUGCUUCCUCUGCCAUGUCUGUCAUUGGUACUGUUGAUUUGACAACAGCUACUGCUGAACAAAAGACUCAAAUUGCUACCGCUGCCGCCGCUAUUGCUGAUGCUUUCAUUUCUCAACAAACCAAGACUGAAGCUGUUACCUCAGUUUCUGCUGCCUCUGCUGAAAAUAGCUUGUCAUUCACAGCCUCCCUUGCUAGCUCAGUUUCUAAGGGUCUCGUUAGUGAUGCUACUACUUCAAAGGUUGUUAGCAAUUUGGCUUCCACUACUACAAAGGUUGUUUCUGCAUCUUCUGUCAGUCUCUCUGAUUCAGUUCUCGAUUCUACCAAGAAAACUGCUGACAACUUCUAUGGUUACAUUUCUGGUAAGGUUUCUGCUAGAGUUCCACCAGUUUCUUCUUUGAGAGCUUUCAGUAAGGUCGAUCUUGACAAUUUGAACAGUGUUUACUCUAGUGUUGCUUCUUUGAAGACUAAGGAUGCCGUUCCUGAUGCUCCAGCUGCAACCGUCACCUCAAACGGAUUGACCACAGUUUCUCGUAAGGUCAAUCUUGCUACUUUGGCCUCUGAAUCUCAAGUUGUUUCUGGUAAGAAUAAGAUCACCUUCAAGAGUGCCAUUGCUGCUAACUCUGCUUUGGCUAGUUUGAAGUCUGUCACUUAUGCUGUAAAGACCACCACUUCCACUGUUACAUCUGCUGCCUCAAAGUCUAUCGAUUUCUCCAUUUCUAAUGGUGCUUCUCCAGUUGCUGUUUCUGAUUCUGCUGCUAUUGCCGAUUUGGUCUUUGAACUUUCUGCCAAGAGAUCUGUUGCUGCUACUACUUACACAUGUAACAAGAUUACUAAUGGAGUUGCUGCUGCUGAUUCAACUUGUACUAUUGUUGUUGGUACUGAUGGUACUGUAACUGCUAGUGUCAAGAGCACUGGUGUCUAUGUUUUAACUGCUUCCACCCCAGUUACUCCUGCUGCCACCAAGAGUGCUAAGGUCAAUGCUGCUCCAUCAAUGGGCUUCUCUGCUUUGGUUGCCUUGAUCGCUGCUGUUGUUGCUGCUUUGUAA